CAUGCUCAUCGUAUUUUCUAGGAGGUCAACAUUGUCCUUUUCGGCGCUCCGUAGUCUUUCCCCCUCUCUACCUGUUUAGUGGCUAAAAAUGGCUGAAGCUCCUCCAUGGCCCAGCCGGUUCUUCUGUCACAGAUGCUCAGCAGAGAUUAGUCCUCGGCUUCCCGAGUAUACAUGUCCAAGAUGUGAGUCAGGAUUCAUUGAGGAGCUGCUGGAGGAGAGAAGUGCUGACAAUGGCUCCAUGUCUACCAUCUCCAGCGGGCCCCAGAACCAGCAACCAUUUGAGAAUGUGGACCAGCAUCUGUUUACGUUCCCUUCGAGCUACGGUCAGUUUGCCCUGGGUGUCUUUGAUGACAGUUUUGAUUUUGGAGCUGGACUGGGAACAGAGGACAACCGGGAUGCUGAAAACAGGAGGGAAAGGGAAGCAGCAUCACGGCAACGAUAUGGUGCCCGGCAACCAAGGAGUCGUCAUGGUUCAAGACGACAAGCAGGGAGGCAUGAGGGAGUUCCCACUUUAGAAGGAAUCAUUCAGCAGCUAGUGAAUGGAAUAAUUGCACCUACUGCAAUGCCAAAUAUUGGUGUCGGACCCUGGGGUGUUCUUCAUUCAAAUCCCAUGGAUUAUGCCUGGGGUGCUAAUGGACUAGAUGCAAUUAUAACACAGUUAUUAAACCAGUUUGAGAACACGGGGCCUCCGCCUGCUGAUAGAGAUAAAAUAAAAAGUCUUCCUACGGUACAAGUUACAGAUGAGCAUGUUGCUUCAGGGCUGGAAUGUCCAGUGUGUAAAGAAGAUUACAGUGUUGGAGAAAAUGUGAGGCAGCUCCCAUGCAAUCACAUGUUCCACAAUGAUUGCAUAGUACCCUGGUUGGAACAGCAUGACACUUGUCCAGUGUGCAGGAAAAGCUUGAGUGGACAGAACACAGCAACAAACCCUCCAGAACUAUCAGGGAUGAACUUUACCUCCUCCUCCUCAUCCUCUUCAUCCUCAUCUACCCCUCAGUCCUCAAGUUCGACCAGCAAUGAGAACUCCACUGACAACUCUUAGAGAAACAUUUGUCCUUAUCAUCCUAUGAGCUGUUUACAGCUCCUAGACUGCUUUUACUUCAGAGCGGUGACCUCCAGUCUCUCCCUGUCCAUCGGGCAGAGACCUGGGUGCAUCUCACCGGGAGCACUCAAGUCUGACUCAGGGGUAACUGAUACAUGAGGUCCAUCCUGUUGCUCCCACCCUCAUCAGGAAUCUGAACAAUGGAAGGGCGGGGGAGGCCCUGGAGUGCAGCUUCUGUCAGGGAGGACGUGGAGAAGCAUUGAAACCUCUAGGGGCCCAUCUGCCUCAAUCACCUCAUACAGGGAAGAGAAAACAAAGGAACCCAAUGGUUGAAGACUUGGGACAACAAGACAGUCGCUGUUCUUUUUUUAAUUUCCUGACUUUUAUGAUUUUAAAAUGACCCACUUUUGCCAGUGAAGCAAAAGAAAUGUACAGUUAUACCUUUUAUAAUUAGUAUUCAUAUCUCACAGAUGACCCAAAGUGCACUGUAGUGCACUCUUUAAGUGUGCACCUAAGCUUCCUCAUCAUUUGGCAAGAUACUACAUUCAAUUCUGUUAGAUAAGUAAAUGACUAUAAUUCAUAGAAUUAUUUUAUAGUCAAGACCCUGUUACAGGUUUAAGGUUAUCUGACUCCACACAGGUACCAUUGUUUGCACUUGUAUCAAAUUGCAGUAAUUUUGUGCUGUUUGGAUAAUGAUGUGGAUAAUCAUUACUAAAUUACACACGCAGGGAUUUUUGUUUUUCUUUUAACUUUGAGCCUAAAUGUGGAUCUGCUUUUCACACUAUACAGUUAGAAACAUUUCAGUGCAUUUGUGCAUUUUAACUUAAAGGUAAAUGAAAUAUUUUCUAAAAUUGCCAGUUGAAAAACAAUUGAUUUUGCAGUAUGAUCGUGUACCAAAACAAAACAAAAUAAAAAAUAAAAAAAAUGCCUGAUAUGAAAAUAAAGAUGUUUGGGUGCUACCACUCCAAA